UCGUGUCGGUUGUUGGCGGAAUUCUUCGAUCGUCGCCGGUUCUGAUGAGGAAAAGCGUUUCUUGUUUUUUUUGGUGGAGAAAGCAAUGCGAAUCGUUUGCGAGGAUUUCUAAUGAAAUAGCUUUUUCCGAGAAUACGCUGCGUGGAUAGUUAUCGGGCGCGGGACGGAUUUCGGUUGAACUGUCGAGGGAGGUAGAGAAGUGCGUGAGUGGUGGGGAAGAGUGUCGGCUUCUAAUUAUGUGUAGGUCUCUCCGGAGCCUGUCAACAGUGCCAUAAACUGCGCUCGUUUUUGGCGGUGGUUGAUGGUGAUUUAGUGCAGAGAUAAGGCCGCAUUCUUUCCGAACGUGGAUUACGAGCGACCUCCUCCGGAGAGACGUGUGCGAGGAGACGUGGAAGCGAGUUUGACACGACGGAGGUCUUUGAGUGCGGUGUGACGCGUUAGCGUGAAUCGUGAGGCACGUGCUUUUUAUAAGGUGAAAAUCGGGUGCUUUUGCAUUAGCAUUAUAAAGGAAGAGCAGCUUAGCGCGGUCGUGGUGGGAAUUUCCUGAACGACGCUGUUUGCUCGGAAGGCACCCGUAAUUUGAAGGAUGUUAUACAAAUUCGACAUUUCACAGCCUGUUUGAAUGUGGUUCCCUUUAGGGGUGUGGUGGCAAGGUCGAAUAUAAAAAAAAAACUUGUGAAUGGUUCCCACACGAUAACGAUGCCAUCGAGUUGUGCAUGUCGGUAUAAAUUUAUGGAUUAAUUCCGACAGCCCGAGAAGAUGACAUUUUAAUUAAGCCUGUGUAGAGGGCUCAGUGCAGGUCGGUUUCUGGACGACCCACGAGGGACUCAUUCUCGUUGUUCUGCUUCGACUCACACUCUAGACUUCGUCUGAGCAGAAGGAGAAGCAAACCGAGUUUCGGCCAAAGGGCAUCAACAGGACGAAGCAACUAAAGGAAAGCCGCUCAUUUUUCUUCCUCAACGUCGACGUCCUGCCAACUGAAAUGGUGUAUAACGACGUCCGACACGUGCAGCUUAAGUGAGUGGAAAAACGUUUUUGGCCGGGUAGAUCCCUGGUAUCCAUCUUCAUUCAAAAAAAAAGACCUAGACUGAGUGAAUUCGAUAAUUGAGUUUUGCGCGCGCGAAGGACGAAUACAGCGACUACACCCACUACAUACAACAACUAUGCAAAAGUGAGAAAAACGAUUCUACUCGACCCACACUUCAAAAUCCAAAUCAAUUACCAAAUAUUUUUUGAAAAACGGUUUCGCAUCAAAGCAAAGCAAAUAAAACCACAUUCCAAUAGAGUGCAAGUGAAGUGUGCCAGUCAAAUAAACAUAACCUGCUGAGGCAUCGGGGCGUGUGGGGAGCUUGAAUUGAAUAGCUGUAUAGAAUAAAAAAAAUAAAGUGAUUUCGAGGGGUGAAAAAGUGCACCGGAAAUUGGUUCUAGUAAUUGAAUUGCUCUGCAGCAGGAAAAAUCCAUCGUUCGUCGUUGUGCUGCGAGUGUGUGUAUGGGUUUGUGCGUCUCUGUGUUCGAACCACCCAAUCCCAUGUUUCCAAGUUUGUUUGUGAAAAAUUGAACCACCAAAUUUUAUGCUUGACAGAGUGUGCGAUAGAUGUUUUCCCCCAGUGAAGUUAUAGUGCGUGAUUUAGGUGGAAAACUCGCCACAGCAGCUGCCAUAAAGAAUUGCCGAAUGAAUUGAGUGGAAAAUUUCUGUAUCUGGAUAACAAUAUAUUGAAAUCAAACUCACACCAAUUCUACAUCUGACUUGAACCUGGAUCCAGUAUAGAGUUAGAUUCUCAAGAAAAUGUAUCUCCUGGUGCUACACCGGAACUGUCCGGUAAAAUAACAGAACUAAAAUAAUAUCCACAUUUUUCCUUACUGUUCGGACUCCUGGGAUCCGGCCCAGGCUUCCCUUUUUGGUGCAAAGUGCACUCAGUUCAGUUCAUGUGCUGCGGUAUCAUCAUCAUCUCGUCGUUGAGCAGCAGAAGCAACAGCAGCCCUGGACGAAGAAACGGCAGCUUUCGGUUAGCAUCCGGAGCGGUAUCAACAAUAGCAAAAACAAGGAAAUCCAAUUCGGAGCCAAACGGGAGUCCCUUCCGCUGUGGAGCAAAGACUACUGCUGCUGCGGCGAGCAAGACGACGACGACGACGAAGACGGAAACGAGGAAAAGGCUGAAAAUGAGUAAAAAUAUGAGAUCGAUGACGUGUUUCGUGAUAUUUCUGCUAGUUUUCAUCAUGAGUUAUGGAUUAUGCAGCGGGAGACCGGAGCCAUACAUUUCGACGAUGGAUAUCGACGCACCGACGGUGGCACCGAAAUUUAUGACCCGGGGCCACCUCUACAAGGCCAUCAUCGGCGACUCGAUCGAGCUGCCAUGCAAAGUGAAAGACCUUGGUUCCUAUGUGCUGCUGUGGCGCCGGGGCACUUCAGUUCUGACCGCGGCCAGCCUCAUGGUGACCCGGGAUCCGCGCUUCAAGCUGGUCGAGGGCUAUAAUCUGCAGAUAGCCAACGUGAAAAUUCAGGACGCCGGUGAUUACAUUUGCCAGAUCGGCGAUAACGAAAGCCGGGACCAGGUGCACACGUUGGAAAUUUUGGUGCCACCGACGAUACGAGUUGUGCCCCAGAAUCGACAAAUCACAGCCCGGAAGGGAAGCACGGUGACGCUCGAGUGCAAAGCCUCGGGAAAUCCGGUUCCAGCAAUCUACUGGCAUAAAAAGGACUCAUUCGCCGGUGCAUCGCAUCUGUCGGAAAGUCCAACACUGCUGCUGGAACGUGUCGAUCGGCACCACGCCGGAAUUUACCAGUGCACGGCGGACAACGGUGUUCGGGAAGCAGUGCACGCCGAUAUCGAUGUAACGGUGCUGUCUCCUCCGGACAUCACCGUAGAGAAAACGUGGGUGCACGCGAGUGAAGGAUUCGAUAUCGACUUGGUGUGCACGGUGCAUGGAGACGUCAACUCGGAGAUGCUGUGGUACCAAAACUCGUUCCUGCUGGAUCCCACCGACCGCCGGGCCAUGUACUCCAAGGGUGACAAAUACACGCUGAACAUUCGCAACUUUCAGCAGUCCGACUUCGGCAACUACAGCUGCGUGGCGGACAACGCCCUCGGGCGGACGAAAAAGUACAUCGAGGUGUCCGGUCGGCCCGGUCCGGCCAACUUCCUGUCGCCCGCCUACAGCUCCCACCUCGAUAGGUACAAUCUGACGUACACGAUCGAAUCGAUACCACCGCUGGACGAGAUAAAACUCCUGUACCGGAAGCUAAUGAUGAACGAAACAUAUCAACAUCCGGGCAGCUGGGAGGACACGAUUUUAGUGCCAACAUUAACCCGCUCCGAUCCGACGCACUUUAUUAUGUCACAUGUGAUAAAAGGAUUAUCGCCCGGCGCGGUCUACGAGGUGAUGAUCCAGGCACGGAACGCCCACGGCUGGAACGAGAUCAGCGACAUCCACCAGUUCUACACGCGCAACUACGACCUGCGGAUGGACGAGAUGGAAUUCGUGAUGAGUUCGAUCUCCAACAGUGGCGCAGUUCGGAUGCUGGCAGCGGACGGAUCAACGGCGGUCAUAAUUAAUUUACUCGCAAUUAUCGUUGCCGCCGCCGGAGUUGCCGCCAUUGGCCGCGGUGAAGCGCUGAUGGCUCAUUAAUUAUUAAGCCGAUGAUCCGCCAGAACGCCCGACAAAGCCGGAAAUCGCCAGUGAUCAUCUUGUUCCUGAAUCGCCGCCACGCCACCCCUUGGAAGACACAAAGGGCAAUUUGCAAACACACACACGCGCGAUUCAAAGCCCGGUAAGUUCGGUUCGGCGCAACGACGGACACUGUAAAUUGGAUAGUGAUAGGAUUUUUGUACGAAUGGCCCCAUCGCAGCCGUAGCUUUACGAAGAAACCAGAUACAUUAGUGAAAUCAAGUGAUAACCGAACUGAGCGAAUCUCGUGAGUAGUUUGUAGAGACAACUGUGUGUACGCAUACCUAGUGUAAGCAUCAGCUCGUAUUGGAAUAGUAGCGAAAAAAUAAUGUGAAAACUAAAGUUAGAUAUUAUCAAAGAAAAAACUGGGAUGGACUGUCCG